GGAGGGUAGAGGGUGGGGCAUGGGGCACCACACCUGGGCCAGAAAGCGAGCUUCGUAGAGAUUUAAGUUCAGUUUUCACUGAACCUAUGCCCCAUCUGGCAUGCUGAGAGCUGACUGCCUUGUACUCAAGGCAGUGGGAGGUCUUGACUGACACUUCCCUGUCCAUCUCUGCUGGAGGCUCUGAGGCAGGAUGCCGUCCAUCCCGAGAGGCACACAGAGGUCCUUCCAGGUGCUACUCUUGUUCCUGGUGCUGGCUGUGCUCCUGUUGGUUGGUUUUCUGCGUGUGGAUUUCAGACUGCUUACACCGGACAAGGCCCAGGAACCGCCAGUCACCAACAUCAUGUUCCUCAAGACGCACAAGACGGCCAGCAGUACAAUACUCAACAUCCUCUACCGCUUUUCCGAGUCUCACAACCUAUCCACGGCGUUGCCCGAGGGUUCCAGAGUCCACCUGGGCUACCCCUGGCUUUUUGUGACCCGGUAUGUAGAGGGCCUGAAGCAGGACGGUCGCCUGCAACACCAUUUCAACAUCAUGUGCAACCACCUUCGGUUCAACUUCGGUGAGGUGCAGAAAGUCAUGCCCAAAGACACUUUCUACUUCUCCAUCCUCCGGAACCCGGUUUUCCAGUUGGAGUCUUCCUUCAUCUACUAUAAGAACUAUGCACCUGCCUUCCAGAGAGCCAAGAGCCUGAAUGAAUUCCUGGCAGACCCGUGGAGGUACUACAAUGACAGUGUGGACCUGAAAAAUGUCUAUGCAAAGAACAACAUGUGGUUUGAUUUCGGCUUUGACAACAACGCCCCAGCUGACGUGGACUAUGUUCGCAAGUGCCUUGCAAAGGUGGAGCAGCGAUUCCAUCUGGUGCUCAUCGCAGACUACUUUGACGAGUCUAUGGUGUUGCUGCGCAGGAGGCUGCGCUGGCAGCUGGAUGACAUCGCGUCCUUCAAGCUGAACGUGCGCAGCCAGAGUACCAUCUCUCACCUGACGCCCGAGAGCCAGGAGCGUGUCAAACACUGGUGCGCGCUGGACUGGCACCUCUACGAGCAUUUCAACCGCACCUUUUGGGCUCAGCUGCAUGCAGAGCUGAGCCCACGGCAGCUCACAGAAGAGCUAGAGCAACUGCGGGCGAAGCAGCGUGAGCUCACCACCCUGUGUCUUCAGGAUCCCGAGUCCAAGAACGUGACUCACAUAGAUGACCUGAACCUGCGCCCUUACCAGAGCGGAAAGGCUAAGAUUCUGGGCUACAACCUUAGGCAUGGUCUGGACAACACUACACUGCGUAUCUGUCAGAGGAUGGCGAUGCCGGAGCUCCAGCACAUGGCCCAUUUGUACUCGCUGCAGUUUCCCAACAAGACACCCAAGGACAUCUCGUUCCUGAAAGAGUAGGGGUUCGGCUAAGUGACCCUUUCUCCCGCGUCUGCCUCUCCGAAGUGAAGAACGAGGAGAAACUGUGACGAGACCCACCCACCUCCAGCUUCGAGGAGAGGGCCUUACACCUAAGACAUCAGGCACAGCCGUUCCAUAGCUGAAUCCAGCCGUUGUAGAGACAUGUCCUGGACAGGCACGAAUGCUAGAGCCCUUAAAUUAUCUGUUCGUAGAGCCAGACUAAGCAGCUAUUCAGCUACGGGAGCACCAGAGCUUAGGUAGUGAGCCCGUGAAUCCAGGAAGAGACCCAGAAGCGUUCCCUGGGGUUUUCUAGCCACAUGAAUUCAGCACUGGUGACAUCGCCACGCCUGUGUAGCGCGCAGAGGCAGUAGUUUAGAGGUGGGACUGGGAGAGGCAACCUUCCAUUUUAUGAAGAACGGGGCAGACUGAGGUUGUUGGUUAACCUGAGCACAGGCUUUGUAGCUUCCUGCUGAAGGAAUUGAAGGAAGGAGGAAGUGCCUGACUUGCCAGAGGUGCUCAGCGGGAUACCUUUGGUUGCCUUGGAAACCAUAUUGUAUAUACUCUCAGGGAUCACCUUUUGGGUGCCUCUCUUAGUCAUUCAUGGAGAGAGACUAAGUACCUAGCACCCAGCUCUGGCAGGAUAAGGUACCUGGUUACCUGGGGUACCUAAAUCAGGAUGCCCGAGGUGUUGGGAAAGAAGCCACUGUCACAUAUUCGGCCUAGAGUUUCGGCCUGAGCCUUGCUGGCAGAGUUUGGGUGGAGUUUUUUCUUCUGUGUCUGUCGGCCCAGCUCUGGGCAAGACAGCCCAUGUGCCUUUGGACAUCAAACAUUUUAAGAAAAGUAAUUGUCAAAAAAAAAAAAAAAAAGAGUAAUUGCGGGUGAGUUUAGAGAUGGUACAAUGAGUUUGUCAAUCUAAAAGGACAUUGUAAAUUGAAAAUUGACUCUCCCAAACUAAACAGAGAUAGUAAAAAAAAUGCCAGGUACGCUGGCUCAGACCUUUAAUCCUAACACUGGGGAGGCAGAAGCAAACAGAUUUCUGAGUUUGAGGCCAGCCUGGACUACCUAGUGAGUUCCAGGAUAGCCAGGCUACAAAGCAAGAUCCUGUCUCAAAACAAAAGAGAAAGCUACCAACAAACAAACUAACUAAAACCCCAACCAAACAAAAAUCCAAACCACUGAACUUAAGACAAAUUACUCUUAAUAACGUGGGUCCACUGGAAGAGAAGUGAGAGAAGACCCCAAAGACUAAGCAUAAAGGAGAUUUAUGUGCCCUAGAGGGGACAGAGGAUUUGGAUAACAGACCAAGGCAGGAGAUAGAGGGAGAGGAAGAAGGGGAAGGGAACAAGGGGGAGGGGUUGGGGGUAUUUGUCCCAGAGUGGGACAAAGGACUGCUUCUGGAUAGCGAGAAGACAGAUGUGGCCCACAGGAAAAUGGCAGUUUAUAAAGGAAGAGUGGGAACCCUGUGUUAGGAUGAGUGUUUAAUUUUAAUUGUGCAUGUCAAUCAGGUGAGCCACAGGGGGCUUUUGAUUGCUGGCCUUCAAUACUUUGGUGGCUAGACCUUGGUGGUCAGCCUCAGGAAGAGGAAGUGGCCAAAUGACCUUGGUGGUGAGCUGUGGGGAUGCACUCUGAUGGUUGUUAGCGAGGCAGAGAGGAUGCAGAAGAGCAAGGCCUGCCUGAGCUAUGCUCGCUCGCCAUGCCGGAAGGGACUUAGCCUCUGGGCCGUCUCUCCAGCUCCUCAGCUAGAGCUUUUCAUUCCUCCUAUCCUUCCUUUUUCCUUUUUCUUUUUGUCAGUUCUGGAGGUUGAAUCCAGGACCUCAAGUGUGCUAGGCAAGUGAUGCAACACUAAGCCAUGUCCCCAACCCUGAAACCUUAAUGUCUAGGAAAGACUCAGGAACAAAGCAAUUCUCUCUCUCUCUCUCUCUCUCUCUCUCUCUCUCUCUCUCUCUCACACACACACACAGACACACACAGAUACACACACACAGACACAGACACACACACAGACACACACAGACACACACACAGACACACACAGACACACACAGACACACACAGACACAGACACACACAGACACACACACACAGACACACACAGACACAGACACAGACACACACACACAGACACACACAGACACACACAGACACACACAGACACACACAGACACACACACACACACACACACACACACACACACACACACACACACACACACUUAAAGGAUCUCUGUAUGUAGCUCUGGCUGUCCUGGAAAUUGCUCUGUAGACCAGACUCUCCUCAAACUCAGAGAUCCAGUUGCCUCUGCCUCUCAAGAGCUGGUGUCACCACUGCUGGCUCAUAACUAAAUCUUAUUGAUUGGUUAGUAGGAAUUACCAUUAGUAUUGUUUAUUUCCCUUUUAUUAGGAGAAUACAAAUAUUUUAAAUCCCAGCUAACUGUACUAUAGGAAACUUUAAAUAUUUAUUUAAUAAAGAAACGCCUGCCUUUGAAGGUA